CCCCCCGAGCUGAAACAGAAUGUUCUGUUGCCUUCUCAUUUUUGCAGUUUUAGACAAAAUGCUGUUGUAUCUCAAGUCAAAAUCAGGAACCUGAUAGCGUUUGGCAAAAGAUUCCACAAGGAGAGCCAGGCAACGAGAACGGACGAGACGGAAAUCUUCUGAAGCCUAACCUCCGAUCUUAAAAAAAGCGUGAGAUCUGCUUUCGCCCUCCCCUCUCCACCACCAACCCCCCUUUCCCCAUCCAGUUUCAGAGGUGUCCUCGGAUAUUCCUUCCUCGUUUUCCCCGGAAUCUGUCAGCAUUCCCGACGGGACGCAGCCAGCUUGUAUCCGUGCCAAUCCUUUGAUAUUAGCUCCCGGUGUCGUCUGCUUCAUUCUGUGGCGGUGCAGGCAGCCAGACGACCUUUCUCCAUGAGGAGCAGUGGAAGAUGCCGGCUCUGUCAGCGCUGCUGCUGUCGAUUCACCUCCUCGUCCUCCUCCUGCUGUUGCUUCUGCUGACCAUGGCCCCGUCCUCUCACAGCCAGGCGCCCGCUCUCGCAGUCGUCAGGAUGGCUGCUAUUUUAGAUGAUCAGUCAGCAUGUGGACGUGGAGAGCGGUUGGCAUUGGCUCUGGCCCGAGAGAACAUCAACAGUGUGAUGGAGGGCCCGGCACGAGCCCGCGUGGAGGUCGACAUCUUUGAGCUGCAGAGAGACUCUCAAUAUGAGACCACAGACACAAAGAGAGAAACGCAGACACGGUCCAUUGGUCCUGCCUCUAGUCCCGCUUCCGGAUCCACCGUCAGUCAUAUAUGUGGGGAAAAAGAGAUCCCUCACAUCAAGAUUGGUCCAGAGGAGACUCCACGCUUGCCAUAUCUGCGCUUUGCCUCAGUGACGCUGUAUCCUAGCAACGAGGACUUAAGCUUGGCCAUUGUUGCCAUCCUGCGCUCUUUCAGUUAUCCGACGGCCAGCUUGAUUUGUGCCAAAGCAGAGUGCCUGCUGCGAUUGGAGGAGCUUGUGCGUCACUUCCUUAUAUCCCGGGAAACACUCUCAGUCAGAAUGCUUGAUGAAAAUUUGGACCCCACCCCCCUGCUGAAGGAAAUCCGUGACGACAAAGUUGCGACUAUUAUCAUUGAUGCCAAUGCAUCAGUGUCAAUACUAAUAUUAAAGAAGGCCUCAGAAUUAGGCAUGAUGUCAGCCUUCUACAAGUACAUCCUCACCACAAUGGUUGUUCGAAAAACGUUCGACGCAGUGCAUGUGGUGGUCGGAGCGGUGCGAGAACUGAACCGCAGUCAGGAGAUCGGAGUGAAGCCUCUGAGUUGCACGUCUUCACUCAUCUGGCAGCACGGCACAAGUCUCAUGAACUAUCUGCGCAUGAUAGAGUAUGAUGGCCUAACAGGCCGCGUGGAGUUUAACAGCAAAGGCCAGAGGACCAAUUACACACUGCGUAUUCUUGAGAAAUUCAAGGGGGGUCACAAAGAGAUCGGUGUCUGGUACUCCAAUAACACGUUGGCUAUGAACUCCACGUCUUUAGACAUCAACGCAUCUGAGACUUUAGCUAACAAGACGCUCAUCGUCACCACGAUACUGGAAGAUCCAUAUGUGAAGCGCAAGGCGCACUACCAGGACUUCCAGGGUAACGAUCAGUACGAGGGAUUCUGUGUGGAUAUGCUGCGGGAGCUGGCAGACAUUCUGAAGUUUUCCUUCCGGAUCAAGCUGGUGGAUGACAGGCUGUAUGGAGCUCCAGAACCUAAUGGCUCAUGGACUGGCAUGGUGGGGGAACUCAUCAACAGGAAAGCAGAUCUGGCAGUGGCUGGAUUUACCAUCACAUCGGAGAGGGAGAAGGUCAUCGAUUUCUCCAAACCUUUCAUGAACCUUGGCAUCAGUAUCCUGUACCGCGUCCACAUAGGCAGGAAGCCAGGUUAUUUCUCCUUCUUGGAUCCCUUUUCGCCAGCUGUCUGGCUAUUCAUGCUUUUAGCCUAUCUGGCCGUUAGCUGUGUGCUCUUCCUGGCUGCCAGGCUGAGUCCGUACGAGUGGUACAAUCCCUUCCCGUGUUGGCGGGACCGCAGCGACCUGCUGGAGAAUCAGUACACACUGGGGAACAGCCUGUGGUUUCCAAUCGGUGGUUUCAUGCAGCAGGGCUCAGAGAUCAUGCCCCGGGCUCUGUCCACACGCUGUGUCAGCGGUGUUUGGUGGGCAUUCACACUGAUCAUCAUUUCCUCCUACACGGCGAACCUUGCAGCUUUUCUGACGGUCCAGAGGAUGGAGGUGCCAAUCGAAUCUGCUGACGACUUGGCCGAUCAGACAAACAUCCAGUAUGGGACUAUUCAAGGAGGAAGUACUAUGACCUUCUUCAUGAACUCGCGCUACCAGACGUACCAGCGCAUGUGGAAUUACAUGUACUCCAAGCAGCCCAGCGUGUUCGUGAAGAGCACGGAGGAGGGCAUAGCUCGGGUUUUAAACUCCAAGUACGCCUUUCUUCUGGAAAGCACCAUGAACGAGUACCACCGACGCCUCAACUGCAACCUCACGCAGAUUGGAGGCCUGUUAGACACCAAGGGCUACGGCAUCGGCAUGCCUCUGGGUUCACCAUUCAGAGAUGAGAUCACAUUAGGCAUACUGCAGCUGCAAGAGAACAACAGAUUAGAAGUCCUAAAGCGUCGAUGGUGGGAGGGCGGAAAGUGUCCUAAAGAAGAAGACCAUCGAGCCAAAGGUCUAGGUAUGGAGAAUAUCGGCGGGAUAUUUGUUGUGCUGAUAUGUGGGCUCAUAAUAGCUGUUUUUGUAGCCGUUAUGGAGUUUGUGUGGUCCACGCGCCGCUCGGCCGAGAAAGAUGAGGUACGCCUUCACUCCUGCCCCGUCCGAAACCACAGACACUCACGAGUGUCAGUAUGUCAGGAAAUGAUGACUGAAUUCAGAAACGUUAUCUCCUGUAAAAAGAACACUCGUAUGCGGCGCCGGCGACCCCUCUCGUCCCAGGGCAUCCUCCGGCCCCCGGCCCGUCUCCCUUUAGGAGCUCCCCGUCAAAUGCGCCUUGUGCGGGAGAUGCGUCUCAGCAACGGCAAACUCUACAGCGGGACAGGACCAUUAACUGGCGCCGCAGCAGGACCGGGACCUGGUGGGGGCGCUGCGGAAAUGGGCCCAGGCCCUCAGCGACUGCUGGAGGAUCCUCUCAGCGCCAGUGUCCCCAGUAGCGCACCCGCUCUGGUCCCCACGGCGGCGCCCCGUGGCUGCACACACGUGCGGGUGUGCCAGGAGUGCCGGCGGAUCCAGAGCCUUCGCUCCACGCCAUCUUGCUCACGCAUCUCGCCACUGGCCUCCGCCACGUCCUCUCUCCCACGUUUGCCACCGCCACCCCUCUCUGCCUCCAAUACAAACACUGACAGCGAGGAAGGAGGCUCGGGCAGCCCACGCAGGGCCAAACCCACGCCCCCUCCAAGGCCGCUGCCGCCCACUAAAACUCCCUCUACCGAUCUCCUCUGCAAGCAGGACUGAGACCGAGAGUAAGGAAACUUUUGUCGGGACAAUAAUUUAAUGUAAAUGAGUGCUGGAGGACAGACGGAAAGACUCUGCCCACGCCUCCAGUCAAAGUGACCUCUGGGAUACUGCAAAUAAAGGCCAUUUUUGAAUGCAAAAUUACACUGAGUGAGAGAAAGAUGAUUCAGCCAACCGCUUGCUGUCCAAGUGUCUGGUUUUAACACCACGUCUUGCGGCAGCGCUCAGAAAGCCAGUGAGGUUUGGCAUGCUGUUGAGACUAUGUAAUGCAUAUCCUGUGAAAGUAUGCUAUGCAACAUGUCAUAAAGGGAAAGGUGGAGGAAAACUAUGAGGACAGCUGUUAGUUUUGCAAAGAAGUGUGGAUCUUCUUCAUGCUUUGUGAUGGGGGACUGCGCUCCUGUGAGAGGACGAUGGAGUCUGUACCUAAAACGUGUGCACAUUGAACUGAAAUGACUUUGGUGCAAAUUCAUUUUAUUUUAUUUCUUCAUUCUUUAAAUAAGUUGGGGAGGGUUACAAUUCAUUUUUAUUCCUGAAUGUCUCUUGCUUGUUUUCCUUUCUAGCUUCUUCUUUGGUUU